GAUGAGGAGGGGGAAAUAGGAUAUGCAGUCAAUGUGACAGCUGUGCUGGCGAUGCCCUAUAAAUUAAAGGGAGCGCAGAAGGAGGGAAAUUUGAACAUAUUCUUGGAGGGACAAGAUGAACCUUGAGGCAGCAGAUAGCAAAACUUCACUGACAACGACAGGAGCAUUAAGGGGAUGUAGCUGGAGGAAGCCACAUCUGGAACAGCCAAAACAUUUCGUCUACAAAAAGAUCAUCAAACCGCUAAUGGAGAAGAAGCGAAGGAAUCGAAUUGCCCACUUUCUGAACCAGCUGAAGACUCUGUUAUUAGAUGGUAGCACCCACCAUGGAAACAAGCCUCUGCCUAAUUCUCGCAUGGACAAGGCAACUCUUCUGGAAAUGACAGUGCAGCGGAUCCAAACAUUGCAGUUAGCAGUGGCAGAGGACAGGGGCUUUCAUACAGGAUAUGCAUACUGUGCAUCUCUUGUUCAAGCCUUUCUCAUCUCAGAGACACACCACUAUCUAGAUGCUCCCAGUCACUCAAACUCUUCAUCCAGACCCACCUCUGAGACCCCCUCACUGGCAACUCCAUCAGCAUCUAAUCUGGAAAAGUUCUCCAGAUGGAGUGAAAGGUGUCUGGCUUCUCCUGGCUUUAGACGUUUUGAAGAAUCAGUCUCUUCUGGGAUACUGAACAGAACAGGGCCCCAAGUAUUCUGGAGACCCUGGUCUACCUGAACCUCUUUUACCUUAUACAUGAGGAAGGGGGAGCAGAAAGAAUCCGACUACUGGAGCUGCUAAUUUGUUUGGCAUUGGGAAAAUAUUUUUAGGAAAUUUUGCGUACCUGUUUUGUCCCCUAGUUCUUCAGAUCCAUUUCCUGUUGUGUACAUAAGCUGGUUUUUCUGUGCUUCUUUGUGUGGUUCUGUAUCUCACCGUCUUUGCUUUGCUCAUGUAUGUUAUGUAUAAAAGUUUGUAGAAACAAAAAAUAUUUGUAAAUAAAUUAUUCAAAAUUGCACAA